AGCAAGGGGCUAGCAGCCAGAUGCGGCUGGAUGGGACAGCAGUGAGGAUGGAGGUGUCGGAUGUCGAGUGUAACCAGGUGAAACGCUUGCUGAAGCAGGGCGGCCGUAAGUCCCUGACCCUGGACUGCCGAUCGUUCCUGGCUUACAGCGCGGGUCACAUCAGCGGCUCUCUCAACGUCCGCUGUAACACCAUCGUCAAACGCAGAGCCAAGGGCUCGGUCAGCCUUCAGCACAUCAUUCCGGCCGAGAAACCUCGCAGCCGGCUCCAAGCCGGCUUCUACUCGGCCCUCCUUCUCUACGACGACAGGAGCCAACGGUUUGACUUGGUCAGGCACGACAGCACCGUGAACACGGUUCUCAACGCGCUGCUGGCCGCCUCCCACCCACCUCACAUCUACUUCCUUAAGGGAGGAUACGAAAGAUUUUCUUCCGAGUAUCCAGAGUUUUGUGUUAAAGCGAAAAGUCCUUCUGGAAUCUUGUCACCAUCCAACAUUGAGACACCAGGAACAAGUUUAAGUGCCUGUGGGACUCCCCUCCAUGACCAGGGCGGCCCAGUGGAAAUUCUUCCUUUUCUGUACCUUGGAAGUGCGUAUCAUGCAUCUAAAAAGGACACACUCGAUGCUAUGGGCAUUACAGCUCUCUUGAACGUCUCCUCUAAUUGUCCAAACCAUUUUGAGGAUCAUUAUCAAUAUAAGUGCAUUCCAGUGGAGGAUAACCAGAAAACAGACAUCAGUUUCUGGUUCAUGGAAGCAAUAGAGUACAUCGAUUCUGUCAAGAAAGGUGAUGGCCGGAUCCUUGUUCAUUGUCAAGCUGGGAUUUCGCGAUCUGCCACCAUCUGCCUUGCUUAUUUAAUGAUGACUAAACGUGUGCGACUUGAGGAGGCCUUUGAGUUUGUCAAGCAGAAACGCAGCAUAAUCUCGCCCAACUUCAGCUUCAUGGGACAGCUGCUGCAGUUUGAAACUCAGAUCCUGGCUCCCUCACGUCCUGUCAAAGCAUCCAGUCCUUCAGCAGCCCUCAGGGAGCAGAGCAAAUCUUCGUCAACUCCAACAUCUCAGUUUGUAUUCAGCUUCCCCGUCUCUGUCAGCGUUCACUCAACUCCAAGCAGUCUCAGUUACUUACCCAAACCCAUCACAACGUCACCAACUUACUGAUGGAUGAGUUUACAAACUCAACCAAACAUCCAUAACUUAUUGCUAAUAGAGCAUCGAGUCAAGUAGUUUGUUAAACAGUCUGAACCUCUUAUUUUAAAGGGGCACAAGAUUUUCAUUCAGUUUUGACAACAAUUCACUUGUAAAAUUAUUGGCUACAUUUACACCUCACUUUCUAAAUGUCAAGGCUAGAAACCUUCUUUCGCAAUAAGUCACUUUUGAAUAAACAUUAAAUUUUCUUUGACUCACUAAUUCCUCAGUAUUGAUAUCGCAACUACUGAUUAAUGCAAGCUUCUUUCUCUGUUGAGCAAGGUGCCAGUGUGGGACUCCCAUUUUAACCUGCUGAUAGGCACCAAGUUAACAUCUCUGCACCUUUGUGUGAAUUAUACACGCCUUUCUCUCCAUCAACGUCAGAAUCUAAAAUAAACAAAACAAAUACAAGGGUCACUCUGAAAAUUGUAAAAGCAAGACCUACUGCACACCACUCAGUUCAUUUCAUUGAUGCCAGGCCAAUCAAAGGAAGCCUCCCGAUCUUCCUGUCACAUGCCAAGCAGGAAGCACCACUAGGUGGGACUUUCAGGGAAUCUCUUUCCCAUUGCAUCUUUCAAUUUCUCUACUCAAGGGUCAGUUUGGGACUUGGCUGUGAUGAUCUGCUCUGUUUGUGGAAAAAUAAAUCCCCACAGUCUAUAUCAAAACAUGGAACUACUUUCUCCCAUUAUGAGACACAACAGCCCUACACAUGCUGGAAAACAUCAAAGUGUAGGAACAAUCUGGAUUUCCCAUUUACACAGACAAAUCCUCAUCCACAAGCCAGGUUAGCUUUGUCUAUCAGCAUGGACAAGUCAUUUAGGAACAUGAGACAUUUCACAAAGGGACUACCAAUACUGUUGUAUUUGCCAGAAUCCCAAGUAAUCCUGUACUCUACCUAGAAGCCAGACUGCACCCUACUCAUUUUAUUGGUUCUCGUGUUCAAAAUACCAGCAGAUAACCACGAUUCAGACAAAAGAUGAAAUCGAACUAGCUGAGAGGCGCUGCCCAGCAGCCAGUUUACAUGUGACAUUUGACAAUACGCAAUCAGUAAAAAGGGAGAGGUGCCCAGGGUCAGCACAGAAACAUGUCAAAGAAACAUUGUACCUUUAAAAAAAUGCAAAAAUAACACAGAAUUGAAAGCACAAUUUAAAAGAAAAAUGAUGUGAUUCAAGAAAAUGACUGGAACCUGUUAAUUCACAAAGACGAGAGACUGGACAGUGAAUGACCAACUAUCAAUCUCCAACACUGUGCUUGGCUAUUACUGUUUCAUUCUGUACUGGCCACAGAUCUUUUCUAAGCUGUAAUUUGCUUUCAAUUAAAUUCAAUACCGACUGAAACUCGCCCUGGACCAUUUUGGAAACUAUUUCUGGUUGGCUGGUUUGAAGAUCAGAAAUGAAUCUAAUCCAUCUUCACUAAAUAAUACUUUGUAAAGUCUUUGAUGCUAAAUGGUUUUAUCUUAAAAAACACCUUUUCAAAGCAGUUAUUACUCUAGUUCCUACGUAGGACAGAUUGGCUUGUACAGGACCCUUUAAAAGCACAGUCUUGCUCUUAAAGUUUUAUUUAAGUCAUCGAACAGAGUGCUGUGGUUAUUUUUUGUGUGUGUGCAAUAUUUGGCGACUGGCCAGGCGUUCUGGAGUUUAAAGCUCCCUGGCUGAGCGUAUGCUCGGAAAAUUAAUCAUGUGCCUCAGGUUCAUACAUUUUCAGUGUUUUUUCUACUUCUCAAUAUUCCGUCCCAGAUUUUGAUAGGAAAAUAACAGUGAAUUUAAUGUGUUCGUCGCGUGGUGAGGAAGAGACACACUAUAAAUUGUGAAUCACCACACAAGUUGCUGGAUGUUUUGUGCCAUUGCGUCUAAAAACUGAAACCUCAUCCACAAUCUUAUCGUGAGUUUAAGGAAUUUGUUUCAUUUGUGUCGUAAAUAAGAAUUAAACUCUCAGUGCAGAAAGUGAGGAGUGCUGUUAACGCAGUAUAAAGGUCCAGUUAAUGAUUUAUUAUCCCAAUAGGCCACUCAUCCUUGAAAGGCCUGUAAGGAAAUAAUUGAAAGUAAGGAAUCUCCCUCUCACUGGUCAUAAGCUGUUCCAAUAGAAUUUUUGAUUUUGUUUUCAUCCUUAAUGCUUAUUUCAGUCCCUUGUUUUUCUCUCUCAAUCCAAUCAUAUUUUCCCUCUCUUUAUUUCUCUUUUUCUGCAUUUUGUUUGACUUCAACAUAUAUGAUUCUCUGCUGCCAUUUGCUCCUUUUUUUCUCUGCCCUUUGGUGUUAUCUCAUAGUUCACCACAGCCUCAGAAACCUGUCCGACCACUAUUAGUCCACUUCCAAGAUGCUCCGCUCCAGCAAAUUCUGGGCCAAUGAGAAUACUGUUUCAAUCAGAACUUACGAACCAUUGGUGAGAUCAUUGAGAACCCAGGACUAAAGGGGGAUCAAGACACAGAAUCAAUGUUCAACCAUUUUAGCCCUGUCUGCAACCUACACUCCCAACUAGCAAUGUUUCACACUGAUUCAGAGUGUCAGAAAAAUAUCCGUAACGCAAUAUACCUGAGUGAAUGUUUUGAUAUUUGCACAUGUUUUAUCCAACUAUUUAUGAAUAAGGAGCAGUAAAUGUUAGUUCAGAAAUUGCUUGAGAAAAAUGUACACCAAGAAUGUGUUGUGGUAUUUUAUACUCUAUAUGUAUUUCGUUUCAUUUGUCACUCAAUGUCAGAACCUCAUUCUGAUUUAUUUAUUGCCCAUGUUUGUAAAAUUUAAGAAAUAAAAUU